AUGCAUGCCCGUGCUGGUAUCCAGGGAAAGGAUAGGUGUUACCCUGGCUUUUUCGUGAACGCUACCGUGCCUAACGUAACGCAGCAAGCCAUCUGUUUCGGCCAGCUGGGAGGCUGGGUUCUUCAGAGUGACUUCGUGGACUGCGAAGUGGCACCAGUCUGCAACGCAGACGUCCUGCAGAACAUCGAACCUAACCUCAUGCUGAAGAACGACUCUACGGCCGAGUCCUUCCACCUGAAUGGGAGCAUCACUUUUACCUGCCCGGAACCCAUGGCAUUCUACCCUUCUUUGGCCAGAGAGAUGACGGUCAACUGCACUUAUAACGAGAGCCAAGAUGGGUACGGCUUCACGCCGCAAAGCCUUGAUUUGUGUAAAGUAUGCCGACUCACGCCGGUUGUCUUCAACGCAACGACAACGUGGAUGGAGAACAUGACUUACGUUGUCGAUGAUGCUGUGAAUGUCACGUGUGCAGAGAAUAAAACCUUCUCCCUGGGGAGUGACCAGGUGGGAAUUCUGUGCAAGGAGGUUGGUUGGGAAGUACCUCCGCCAUGCCAUGACGCUUGCACCGGCGACCCCCCUGAGCCCGGACGAAACAUGACACAGCUCAACUUCACUUCUAACUUCAUUGGCGACAAUGUGACGUAUGUGUGCGAACCUGGACACUUCAUCCCAAGCACGUUCCCUGACCUGCUGAACGAGACGGCCGUUGUGUGCGGCGAAGACCAUCUCUGGAGGGCGUCCGGCACGGGGCUGGAGUGCGCAAUAAUUUGUGUGGAGGAUCCUGUGACCCCCCCACCUCCCGCGAUCUUAUCCUGGGAUGGCCAGAAUCGCACCUAUGGCACAGAGGUGUUGCUUGAAUGCCCCGACGGCCUGAGAUUCGCGGACGAAAGAACCAACAUAUCUUUGACGUGUCAGGAAGACGGGAAUUGGACACAGCCUGACCAAGACCUACUCAUCUGCAGAAUACGAGCAGAGGAGCCUCCCGAGAAUGUAACGGGCGCCUCCCUCGAAGGACCCGACCCUCCCCACUGGAAAGACUCGGUCCUCAACUACACCUGUAACGAUGGCUGGUUAACGACCUCGGGAGAAAAACAAACGACCGUCAUGUUCACUGGGACGACCUGGGUGAUGAAGGACCCUGACUUCGCUUGUUGGAAAGUGGCAGAAGGACCCCCGGAGAACAUCACCGACGCCACGCUUGAAGGACCAGAGGCCCCCUACUGGAAGACCGUGACCCUCAACUUCACUUGUCACGAAGGCUACUUAACCACCGGAGGGGAAAAGUGGACCAAUGUCACCUUUAACGGGACGGACUGGGUGUUGGGUGAUCAUGACUUUGCCUGCUGGAAGACUUGUGAUGAGGAUCCUGUUAGACCUCCAGCACCUGCGACCUUCACCUGGGAAGGCCAAAAACGGACGUAUAUGGCAAAGGUUUUGCUUGAAUGCCCCGACGGUCUGAGAUUCGCGAACGAGAGCACUUACAUCACUUUGACGUGUGAGGAUGACGGGAAUUGGACACAGCCUGAUGAAGACCUACUCAUUUGCAGAAUACGAGCAGACGAGCCUCCCGAGAAUGUAACGGGCGCCUCCCUCGAAGGACCCGACCCUCCCCACUGGAAAGACUCGGUCCUCAACUACACCUGUAACGAUGGCUGGUUAACGACCUCGGGAGAAAAACAAACGACCGUCAUGUUCACUGGGACGACCUGGGUGAUGAAGGACCCUGACUUCGCUUGUUGGAAAGUGGCAGAUGAACCCCCUGAGACUAUCACCGAUGCCAUGCUGGAAGGACCCGACCCCCCUUACUGGAAAACGGUGAGCCUUAACUACACUUGUAACGACGGCUACUUGUCCACUGAAGGGGAAAAGUGGACCUCAGUCACUUUCAAUGGAACGGCUUGGGAGACGGACAACCCCGAAUUCACGUGCUGGAAGGUGGCAUCCGAACCUCCCCAAAAUAUCACCGAUGCUACGUUAGAAGGACCUGAUCCGCCAUACUGGAAAACCGUUACCUUGAACUAUACGUGUAUUGACGGUUAUUUAACGGCCGACGGAACGAAAUGGACCAACGUUACCUUUGAUGGGACGUCUUGGAUACUGAGCGAUCCGGAUUUCGCAUGCUUGAUAGCUUGCCCGUCCCCCCCCGCGCCUGAAGCCUACGUCAGGAGAAACUACACAGGCAAGGGCGUAGAUGGUGACACAGCGUUAUACGUCUGCGCGGGGAUGUUCGACAGCGGCAACGACACGGUUGAAAUCUCAUGCUCGAGUGGCAACUGGAGUCUGGACGUCCUGCCAGAGUGUGAACAAUUCCGCGUGGUGAACAAGAGGCUAUGGGCAUUUAGGCGCUGUCUCUGGACCCAGUUCCAUGUGCCAAAAAUACAAUGGGCCAGACUGCGCGUCACUGGGAUCGUCGGGAUAUUCCGGGUCUUUGUUGGUGGGAAUUGUGUUCGCUUACAGUAA